UUGCGUCGCUUUAUUCUUUCAGAUCACAUCAUCACUAUCAUCAAAUACGAGAGAAGUACUCGUGUUAAGUUGUUAUUAAUGUGUUGUUUAUUGUUUACAUGUUGAGUUCAAUCUCCAGAAGUGGAUUUUUUUCUAUCGGCUUGUUAAUUAUCGGUGAACAAUGAUAUCUCUGCGAUACACCAGGAAUCUCUUUCUGAGAUCGUUCUGCAUAGUCUACCUCUUUGCAUUUAUUUCGUUCUACAUCCAAAUCCCCGGAUUGUACGGCGAUAAUGGAAUAUUACCGGCAAAAUCGUUGUUGGAAAACAGUAAACACAAGACUUUAUCAGCCAAAGUACAUUAUCAACCCACAUUACUGUGGCUUGCCCCCUACUUGGGCUUGGAUGUGAAUUAUGCGUUGGAUGUGUUGGCACUGCUUGGGAGCUUUUUAGCAUUUACAGGGUUUAUCUCCCAAAAGUUUUGUACAAUUCCACUCUUUGCUGGGUUGUGGUCUUUAUAUUUCUCUCUUUAUCAAGUUGGGCAAGUUUUUGUGAGCAAUAAUUACGACGAAUUUUUACUAGAGGCCGGUUUUCUUGUUCUCCUGGUGGCCCCUUUACUCCCUGGCAGGAGAAAGGGUUCGAAAGUUUUACCCAGCGAUUCUAUUAGUUUCUGGCUGGUGCGUUGGUUACUGUUUCGAUUUUUGUUAACCUGUGGCCUAUUAAAAUUCAUCAGUGGUUGCCCCAAGUGGUGGACUUUAUCUGCAUUUAAUUACUAUUUUGAAACUUUACCAUUACCAACACCACUCUCUUGGUACUUCCAUCAAAUUCCGAGCUGGUACUUGAAACUGUUCGGCGUUAUUGCCAAUGUUUGUGAGAUUGGUAUUCCGUUUUUAUUCUUCGUCCCGAUUCGAGCGGUGCGCAUCACCAGUUUUAUGAUACAAAUAUUCCUACAAAUAUCUAUUGUACUUACUGGCAAUUAUAACUUUACCAACUUGUUGAUGGUAACUCUACUUUUAUCUUUACUGGACGACCAGUUCUUUUACGGCCGCCGCAAACCCUUCACCAAGUGGACUUUUAUCGAAAAAGUCAUCAAUAUUUUGACAUAUGGCGCUCUUUUAUUGGCCGUUGUUAAGUUAUAUUCUUUGAAACUCGACGGGACGAUAAUUGAAUCCAAUAUUGCAUUUACGAAGGACCAGUUUGAGUAUGUCCUCAAGCAAGGUCUCACAAUCACCAUAUACUUGGGUUUGAUCUCAUUGGCUGUUACAAUUCUGCGAGCCCUCUCGAUCUCCUUGUUUGACGUUCAGGGAUCAAAAGUAUUCACAAUUAUUACAACAAUUCUGUAUUCGGGAAUCGCCGUACUUCUAUUUUUCGCUAGUACCGUUCCUCUCGCGUCUUUACACACAGCAUCCAAUUCAACCGUUCAUCCAAGUGUCCGCACUGUAUAUAACCGACUUCAUAAACUGCAUGCUGUCAACCAGUAUGGACUUUUCCCAAAAAUGAUGGGAGUGGAUGGUCGUCCUGAAGUUAUCCUUGAAGGUUCCGACAAUGUUGAGGGCCCAUGGCUCGAAUAUAACUUCCUGUACAAGCCGGGAAAUGUGAACCACUCCUUACCUUUUGUUGCACCAUACUCUCCCAGGUUGGACUGGCAGAUGUUCUGGGCGGCUUACAACACUUACGACAAGCAGCCUUGGAUUUUGAGUUUAACUCACCGAUUAUUGACGGGGAAAGCCGAAGUUUUGGCUCUUUUGGACAGACACCAUUCACCGUUCAACCAAAAACCGCCAAAAUACAUCCGAGGAAUUCUCUAUAAAUACAAGUAUUCGUCGUGGAGUCAAAGGUCGCAGCCCUCGUGGUGGGUUCGCCAAAAAGUGGGUGAAUAUUUCCCCGCCUACACAAAAGAGUCUCCAGCUUUGGUGGAUUACUUAAAGGCUAGGAACCUCUUGCCUACGUCUUCGAAACAGACUGUCAACCCCAUUUGGAAGCAGAUUUUGGAUGGGGUGAGGUAUAUUACAGGGCAUUUAGAAGCUACUUUGCUUUUGUGGUCAGUUUUUACGGCUGGUUGUGCCAUUAUUACAACUUCUGCCAAGAAAUAAGAACUGAAUUUGAGUCACUAGUUUUUAUUUUCUCAUUGAAAAGUUUCAGUUAAGGAUCUUUAUGGUGUGAUUUUUUUUAUUUUUAUAUGUGCACACACUAAUUUAUCGAGUAAUUUCACCCCUCCAUUUAGAUCAGAAUAUGUCAUACGAUAUUGUUAUCAGGUUUGUCCCGUGUGAAGUUUUUAAAUGUAAUGUUUUUGUUAGUAAAGUGCAAAUAUAUCAUUUAUUUAAAAA